GCGCGCACAUCAUUCGCACUUCUACUUCGUCGUUGUGUGUGCGGCAAUAAUUUUUGGCCGACCAUUGUCUCUGCGUGUGGCUUGGAACAGUGACAGUAUCUGUUACUGCAAGAAUUGUAGGAACUGAACGGACCGACGAAGAAAUGGCUGCGGCAGGAGGCACCACGUCCUUCUGCAGCAAAUGCCGCGAGCCGUUUGCGUACCAGGAGAAGAUCCUCAACUCAGGUGGACAGAGCUUCCACGAGCGAUGCUUCGUGUGCGUCCAGUGUUUCCAGCCGUUUCCAGAAGGACUUUUCUACGAGUUUGAGGGUCGCAAGUACUGCGAGUAUGACUUCCAGACACUGUACGCGCCGUGCUGCGGCGGCUGCGGGAAGUUUGUCAUCGGCCGCGUGAUCAAGGCGCUGGGUCAGAGCUGGCAUCCGGACUGCUUCCGCUGUAUCAACUGCGACAAGUCGCUGGCCGACGUUGGCUUUGUCAAGAUGUACGGGCGGCCAUACUGCAAACCCUGCCACGCCGAACUGAAGGAUUCGGGCAAGCACAUCUGCCAGAAGUGCAACUUGCCAAUCCAUGGCGAUCAUAUCACGUACAAGUACAACAUAGUACAUCCACAUCAUUUCAAUUGCAAGCAGUGCGCAAAACCACUGACUGCGCAGUGCAAGAUCCGGGACGACGAGCUGUACUGUUUACGCUGCUACGACAAGCUUGAGUCGGCAAUUUGCGGUGCUUGCAGGCGACCAAUCGAAGGGCGUAUCAUCCAUGCCCUGGGCAAAAUGUGGCAUCCCGAGCAUUUUGUGUGUGCCCAUUGCGAGCGUCCAUUCGACGGCCGGCGUCAUUUUGAACGCAAGGGACUAGCGUACUGCGAACAACAUUACAACAUGCUCUUCGGAGACACCUGCUUCUACUGCACAAAGAUCAUCAGUGGAGAAGCGUGUGCUGACAUGGGCAAGUCGUGGUGCACCCAUCAUUUCCGGUGCAAGGCGUGCGAACAGCCUCUCUCCAUCAAGCAAAAGUACCUGGAGUAUGACAUGCAGCCAAUCUGCAAGAAAUGCUAUGAACGGCUUCCGCAGGAGCUGCGUCGUCGGCUGAAAGCACUUGACGAGGGCACAUCGCUCAAGAAGGCCAAUAUCCGUGAUGUUCGCCGCGAGGACAUUCCCAUGCUGACGGCCGGUACAGGCACGAUGGGCGGUACCAUGCGAGACGGAACGAUGUCCGGUGGAGCUGCCCACGGCGCAUCAUCAUCUGGCAGCGCAGCUUCCUCUUCGCUACCACAUAGCAUGCACAACCGCAGGUUGCCCGAAAUCCCGUCCGAUUCCGCGGACGGAGCCGGAGCCUCUGGCUCCAACUGGCGCCCGUCGAUUCAGGCGGACGUGUGACGGGAACCUCGUGCCUGUGCACGUCUAUGUGGUGUGGCUUAGGAGCUGUCGUAUGUUGCGUGUUUGUGUGUGUGUGGGGGGGGGGGGGGAUGUGUGUGUGUGUGUGCUGUGUGUGUGUGUGUGUGUGUGUGUGUGAGAGAGAGAGAGAGAGUUUGCAUGGGACUGGACCAUCCUCCCUCCGGUGUGUAUGUACAGUCGGACGCGAGUGCUUCCACCGGGAGAACUCUGGUGGCCAUCACAGCACUUCACACAUAGCUAUUUUUUCUAGUCCACAGCCAAACACGCCGCCGAGUACGUUUGUAUUCCCGUUUUACUCUUCCUUGCCAUUCGCUUUUCCUCUUCUCUGGCAGGUAUCUUUGUCACACUUUCUCCUAGAAAUAGUCCACGGCAGUGCACUGUUUCAUUUCUCUAAACGCUUGCCUUCUGAUCUCUUAGUCCCAGUAUUUCCGGCCACUCGUUACAUUGAUCAGCACAAUUCUGUUUGUACAUGUUCACCGACUGUUUUCUCUUGUACUUUUGUGUUCCUGCUUGUAUUAGCAGUGUUAGUGAUAGCUGCUAGCCGACGCUGCCUUGAUCUGCGGCCUCCACCUGUCUUACCCGCUUUGGUGGUUGCCACUGUACUACUACUCCUGGUACAGCUGUACAUCCAUUCCAUGCUCUCUGGUUUCGUUGUACAUGAAUGCGCAUUCUCUCCGGUUUCGCUUCUUGCGACAGAGGAGAUUCUUUCCGUUUGUCGUGCCGGCCUGUUUGCCCUGGUUUUCGCACGAUGUCCGUCUUGCCCGCACAUUUGUCACGCCGUAUACAUGAAUAGUAUGAAUGUUUGCUUCCGGGGGAAUUCCCCCCAUUCAUGUUCAAUUCAUAGAGUAUAGACUAUAGUACAAUCUAUUAGCUUUCUGAGCUACACUGUCCACAGACUAUAAUUUUUCUUCUUUCUUGAAAGUAUAGACUGGAAUUACCACCGCUCUUCAUUUUAGAUUGCUUGCCGUAUGCAUCAAUGCCAUCAUCUCGUAUACCGAAUUGAAUUUUUCUCCUUUCUGUAGCCGGCGACGACGGUUGCGUUCAUGUUUGUCAUGGGCUUAUGGCUCUGUCAUCUUUCUCUGUUCUAGUGGGACUCCACAAACGAUGCGGUACACACUACUCGGUAUUGGCUGUUGUUCAGGCAACUAUCCACCGAACAGUGUUCUGUUCUUGUCUUGUUGGAAUGUCUCGUCUCGUUGCUCCAAAUUAACGUUUGGUGCUAUAAAUAUGGCAUUAUAGUUUGCUUUCUGAAA